AUGAUGAUGAACACAGCAUCUUCAAAGAAAGCAGAAUCCAGGCCGCGUCAAGGCUUGAUCGAUUUGGUUUUCUCUUGGUCCAUUGCUGAUGUUCUUAAUAAGGAUCUCUACAAGGGCAAGGUGAAAGAAAUCCCUAAAACAUUUUCUUCGACAGCUGAUUACAUGAACUCAUUCAUCUACCCGCUUAUUGAGGAAACACAUGCGGAUUUGCUCUCAAGCAUGACAAACUUGCCUGGUGCACCUAUGCGUGAAAUUUUAGAUGUUACAAUUUCUAAAGACUUUAAGCCUCCCAAAGCGUUGUUGUACGACAUUACCUUGACGAGACUGGGAGAAAAGGAGAAUGGCAACGACAAGUAUGAGCCAGAGGUUGGAGAUCUCAUUGUCUUGACAGAUGUAAGACCAAGAUGUAUUGAUGACCUUAACAGGCCAAAGAGAUCCUAUCUUAUUGCUUUAGUUCGAAAGGCACCAGAUGAAAAUGAAAAAGAAAAAAGAAAAAGGGCAUCAGAUGAAUUUCUUGAUGCACUUCAAAUAUUGUCUUCACAACCCAUUGUGUUUGAUGAAUCAGCUGCGGACAAGGAUAAGAAGAGAGAGAAACUUUUUGCCGUUUAUCUUACAAACUUGACGACAAAUAUUCGUAUAUGGAAAGCCUUGAAUUCAGAAUUGGAAGGGGGUAACAUGAACAUCAUUAAACAAGUGCUUCAAACUGAUUCUGCGGAUGGUGAAAAUUGUACACUCUGCUCCAUUGAAGUAAAUGACAGUGUUAUAUCAAAAUCAAGGGAAGUCAUUCGCCCGUUUAAGCUAGAUGAAUCUCAAGAAGACGCUGUGAUGAGGUGUAUUGCUACAAGAGAAUGCAAUCAUAGAAACACUGUCAAAUUAAUAUGGGGCCCUCCUGGGACAGGGAAAACAAAAACAGCCGCUUCUUUGUUAUUUGCCCUAUUAGGAUUAAAAUGCAGAACACUUGGCUGUGCCCCGACAAAUAUUGCGGUCCUAGGAGUUACAGCAAGGUUUAUGAGUUUGGUAAUGAAUGAUCUUCAGUAUGAUACCUAUGGAUUGGGAGAUAUUGUUUUGUUUGGUAAUGGGAAGAGAAUGAAAAUUGACGAUCAUGAAGACCUUUUUGAUGUGUUUCUUAAAUUUCGGGUUUCUUGUCUUGUCCGUUGUUUUGCUCCAUUGUCUGGGUGGAAAGGUAUGACAGAAUUAAUGAUACGUCUUCUUGAAGACCCUGAAGGGCAAUAUAAUCUGUAUCUAAGUAAAGUGAAAAAUGAUGAUGAAAAUCAUGAUAGUGAGGACGAGGCUGAUGAUGAGCAACAGGAUGGUGGAAAUGGGAAAUCGAGUGGCAAUCAAAGAAAAAAAAAUGAGAUCAACGACUUUAAAGGCAUGAAGAAAAAGGGAAUUUGGAAGAAGUUCAUUGUCCAAAUUUUGAAGGAAAACAAGAAGAAAAAGGCGUCUUCUCAAGUGAAGUGUGAUAAGGGUAAAGAAAAUGGAAACCGCAAAGGAGAGGCAGCUGAUAAAUGUCACAUACCUUGGACAUUUGAGGAGUUUUUCACUAAGAGAUUCAAUUCCAUUAGUAAGAAGAUUAUUUUUUGUUUUACAAGCUUGUAUACCCAUUUACCUACUUCUUUCAUUUCAUUGGAGGUAGUAAAGGUCAUGCUUAAAGUUCCUGGUUUGCUUCAAACUGUUGGAACUUUGCUGCAAAGUGUUCCCGUUACAAAUGAAGACUUGAGAGAAGUCCACAAUGGAAUUGAAGGCGAGGGGACAAGGAUGAGAAUCUAUAAUGAGCUGCGUAUGGCCAGAACUGAGUGCCUUCAAUUACUCAAAUUCAUUCGUGAAACAUUUGAUGUUCCAGCUCUUACAGAGCACUAUGAUAUUUUAAGUUUUGAGUAUGAUGUUAGAAGUUUCUGUUUGAAAAAUGCAUGCUUGAUUUUCUGCACUGUUUCAAGCUCAGCCAAGUUGCACACGGAAGGAAAGGCACCGCUGGAAAUGUUGGUAAUCGAUGAAGCUGCUCAGCUUAAAGAAUGUGAAUCAGCUAUUCCCUUACAGCUCUUUGGUCUUCGCCAUGCUAUACUUAUUGGAGAUGAGAAACAACUUCCUGCGAUGGUUCAAAGCGAGAUAUGUGAGAAAGCUGAAUUUGGAAGGAGCUUAUUUGAGAGACAAGUUUUAUUAGGAAAAGGGAAGCACCUUCUCAAAGUGCAGUACAGAAUGCACCCAUCAAUAAGCUUAUUCCCGAAUAAGGAGUUCUAUGACAACCAGAUUAUGGAUGGUCCUAAUGUGAAAGAAAAGACAUAUGAGAGGCACUUUCUGAAGGGAACCAUGUUUGGUCCUUACUCUUUUAUAAAUGUAUCCCAUGGUGUAGAGCAGUUUCAUAAUAGUCAUAGCAGGAAAAAUAUGGUGGAGGUGGCUGUUGUUGCUGAGAUUUUAGCAAGCCUCUUCAAAGAAUAUGUUACCAGAAGACAGAGGGUCCGUGUUGGUGUCAUUUCACCAUACAAAGCUCAAGUUUUUGCAAUCCAGAAAAAACUUGGAAAGACAUACAGUACAGAUGUAGACAGCGAGUUCUCUGUGAAUGUUCGGUCUGUUGAUGGGUUUCAAGGUGGUGAGGAGGAUGUGAUAAUUAUCUCUACUGUGCGAUGUAAUGUGAAUGGAGCAGUCGGUUUCCUUUCCAAUCAUCAAAGAGCAAAUGUGGCUCUGACUCGGGCAAGGAAUUGCCUUUGGAUAUUGGGGAAUGGACCAACUUUGAUUAACAGUGGUUCUGUUUGGAAGAAAUUAGUCAUGGAUGCCAAGGCUCGGGAUUGUUUUUAUAAUGCUAUUGACGACAGGAACUUGGCCCAAGCUAUUACAGGUGUCGAAGGGAAUUUAGUGGUUGCAAUGACAUGGCCUGUGAAUCCAAUUCCAAAUGCUGACACUACUACUCUUCCACAUGAUGAUGAUGAUGAUAUGAACCAGUCCUUAGCAAGUCAAUUAGCUGCGCUAAAUCUGAGGAAUGAACCAGGAUCAUCAACUGCCAGUUUUAGGUGA